AUGCGGUUUAAAACCAAAGACAAAUCUAGAGCAGAACUUCGGUUUAGUGAUUUCUUCAUUUUUUGGAUAUGGUUUAUAGUAACUGUCAAAUUUGGUGGAACCUAUGGGCAAUUUAUGAGUAAUGAAGCUAGUGUUGUCGAUCUGAUUAAAGCAGCAGAACUGUAUGAAGAACCCCAGGGUGUAACAAGAAUUCAAGGAAGAUGUUUCAACAAUUCAGAUGAUCGAGAACCACCUGCUUCAGAAUGGGCGUACCGGUGGAGCGAGCAAGCUCAAAUUUCGCUCACUACGCGAGAAUAUUUUCCAGAUGGUUUUCCCAGCGAUUUUUCCAUCUUGAUUGUAGCUAGACCGACGCCAGGUCAACUCUAUCCACUUUUCACAUUAUUUAGCGAAGAUGGAGACGAACAACUAUCUGUAACUAUCGGUAAGGAAAUCAGCAUUUAUUACGAAGACACAGACGAGUUGCCCGAAGAAGAUAAUUUCAUUUCUUUUGGUGCAGGAAUCAAUGAUGGACAGUGGCACAGAAUAGCCUUCAGCGUUAAGGGUGAUUCCGUUUCGACCAUCAUCGAUUGUAAUCAGACCAUCACAAAACCAUUGUUUAGGGCAACCAGUUCUAAAUUGAGUAUUACUGGAGUCAUUAAUAUUGGAUUUCAACUGGCUGACGAAGGAUACUAUAAUGGUGAUAUACAAAUGAUAAAAAUAAUUUCAAGACCAGACGACGCAUACGAUUUUUGUCAGAAAUAUGCCCCAGACUGCACACCAUCCGCUGGAACAAUCACUGGAGAUUUUUCAAUAAGCGGUUCUAUGGAAUUUAAUAAAACCAAGUUGGCGACGUAUUACGGUGAGAAAGAAAGAGGCGGCACAAUUAGAGGCGAUUCUUUUCAAAUAGAAGGAGCAGCUACCGUUUCAUCAGUUUUGGAUGAAAAUAAAUCGUUUGGAGAGUCGCACGUUCGCGAAAAUAGUAUUCUGGGCGCAACGGGAAAUGGAAUGUUUCACUUUAAUCAAGAAAGUGGCGCAAAUUCUUUGGAUUUCAAUCAUAUAUUGAGCGGUUCGAGUUUUGAAUCCGCUACUCUGGCACCUAUAGACGGUAAUGGUUUAACAGAAAUAGUUUUCGCUAACUCAAAUUUUACAACUCCUGGAAUUGUAGAACUAGAUGUGACUACUCUGCCUCCAGAUUAUGAUGAGUUUCCAGAUACAAACACUUCAUCACUAGGCCAGGAUUACUACGGUCCAUAUGCAGGAGUUAGAGGUCCUCCAGGGAUCCGGGGAUACCCUGGACCACCAGGAAUUGCCGGUCCUGUUGGACCUAAAGGAGAACCCGGCAGGGAUGGUAUUUAUGGGACACCAGGAAUACCGGGAUCUCCAGGACACGUCUUCAUGAUACCUUUGAAUCAACAAGGUAAUGAAAAAGGACCAGAUGGACAAGCCGAGAUGUUUAGACAAAUGUUAUCUCAACACAUGAUGUCUAUGAGAGGCGUAGAAGGCCCAAUGGGGCUCACAGGCGUACCUGGACCACAAGGACCACCGGGGCCUGAAGGAAUAAAAGGAGAACCAGGAGAUGUCGGGGAACCAGGUUUACCAGGAUUGAGGGGCAUUUCCGGACUCCCAGGCCGAGAAGGAAGAAGAGGUCGACCAGGUAGAGACGGAGAUAGAGGUAUGACGGGUCCUGUAGGAGCCAAAGGAGAGCAAGGAAACACGGGAUUACCAGGAUUGCCUGGCGAAAAAGGCGAUCGCGGUUUUAUCGGCAAUCCUGGAGAAAAAGGACACACGGGACAUGAUGGACCGCAGGGAGAAGAAGGUCCUGCUGGAUUACCAGGACUAUCAGGAGAGAUGGGUCCUAGGGGAUUUACCGGACCCAGAGGAAUUCCCGGUUUACCUGGGACUGCUGGUAUUCCAGGUAUAGAAGGUCCACCUGGAAGUAAGGGCCAUCCAGGACCGAUGGGACAACCAGGUCAACCUGGUCAAACUGGUGCUACUGGGGCUAUUGGUCCCCCAGGACCAACAGGAUUAUUGGGACCUCCUGGCUUAAUAGUAAGUUAUUUAAGAAUUAAACAAAGUGAUAAUAAAAUAAUAUAUAUUUACUUUGGUAUGUGGGGAGUUCAGUCAAUUUUCAAGGCAAACAUUUAUAGCAAUUUAAAAAUAUAA